AUGCUGUCCCUCGUCAUGUCAAUUUAUGACCCCCUAGGAUUCCUCACCACCCUCACCAUCAAGGCGAAGAUGCUGUUGCAGCAGGUGUGGCGUAGUGAAAUUGGAUGGGAUGAUGAAAUCCCCCACACGAUAUUUGAAACCUGGAAGAUUUGGCUGGAGUAUGUUCAGAAAAUCCCAAAUUUUCGCCUGCCGAGGUGCUACUCUUGGACUUACACCAGUGCAGAGGAAGUCCAACUCCACCUAUUUGUUGACGCCAGUGAGGAAGCCUUUGGUGCCGUUGGAUACUUCCGUAUCAAAAAAGGAAGUGACGUCGUUAUCGCCCUCAUCAUGGGAAAAGCAAAGGUCGCCCCCCUUAAAAGCUUGAUGGCCACUAAAGAAUAG